AUGUCGACGAACAUCUCCAUCAAUCAACGCACACCUGAAGCUUAUAAUCCGUCAUCAGUAACACUUACUCUCGCCAUUGUCCUCCUAAUUUUCUUCUUCGUCGGGUUCUUCUCCAUAUACCUCUGCAAGUGCUUCAUGGAACACAUAGCCAGUACGAGGUCGUCUCUCGGCCGUAACCCAUCAGGCAAUGCUGUUCCACAGGCAUCUGAGACCAAUCACGGCCUUGACCCUUCGAUAAUCUCUUCGUUUCCCACCUUUGUCUACUCAACUGUGAAAGAUCUUCAACAGGAUAAGUAUGGAUUAGAAUGUGCCGUCUGCUUAUCGGAGUUCGAAGAUGAUGACACCCUUCGACUCUUGACGGAAUGCAAUCAUGUUUUUCAUCCAGAGUGCAUCGACCUCUGGCUUGGGAACCACACCACCUGCCCGGUCUGCCGUGUGAAUCUUGAUCCCUCCCAUAAGUCACCGGAAAAAUCACCGGACAUCACCUCAACGGCAUUAGCUGAAAUGGAGCAACAACAGGAUGUUGAUUCAAUGGUAGAUAGGGAGGGAGAGCAAGAGGAGAGAGGACAAAGCCAUGACGAUGCAAGUUCUAGAAUGAGCCAAAAAAUUGAUGGCCAUGAAACGAUGAUUGAGAAGUUCUCAAGGUGUCACUCGACGGGGCAUUCAAUCAUACAUAUUGAAGAGGUGGACGAUAGGUUUUCAUUGAGAUUACCAGAGAUUGUGAAGGAACAUCUCGCAAGAGGUCAUAAUUGGACAGGAAGUUGUAUUGUAUUCGAGGAUUUCUCCGCCGAUGUUGCAACCGAAAAUGGUGGCUUGGCUGAGCAAUCGGAAUUUUCCCGUCGAGAACUAUCUACUACUGUGUAA